AUGGGUCAUCUUAUCGGUGCGAAGAUCCUAGCACAGCUUGAAUACAACGAUUUUUUGAACCUUGAAUACAUCCUUUGCCCACCAGGAGCGGGGCCAUACGACGGCAUUAUCUCAGAUACAAGAUGUGCUGAACUUCUGAACAAGAUGGAGCGAACUGUUGAUAGAAACAUCGCCUUUGUGAGACGAGACUUUGAAAUUAAGUACAAAAAGAAACCAAAUGUUUCCGGGAUAGUCAGCAUCAUCAAAACCCACAAGGCUCUUUGCGAAGGAUACAUUCAACCAAAAGCUUCUUUCCGAACUUGCGCGAGUAUUUCCUUCCCUGAGAUAUUUCUUGGGAAUGAUUAUAUUGUGUCAGAUGCUCGAAUUCUUGGCUCACACGAUCGAAGCCUCCCAAAGAAAGACAGAACGAAAGCAUCAAGAGGGCCUUUAGCACAAACUACUAUCACCUUCUAUGUUUACAAAAUCAUUCGGCCAAACGCAGUGACUGUCAUGUUGAACCAAGUCUUCACCGCCGAGUACGACUACCAAGUCUAUCAUCCAGAAUUCUAUCUUUACGAGCCAUAUGUGGUAACCAUACGGUCGCGGAUGCAUCAGUUGAAACAAGUGCAAAUCUACAACAUGGAAAAUAUCAGAGAAGACAUCGUUGAUCCACGGACAGCAGAAAUCGUUGGUGGACUCUGCUACGGAUGCCACGAGUACGACAAGCGUUACAGACCCAAGCUAAUCCAAGAUCGUUUCUUUUCCAAGAAUCAUUUUCUGCCGGUCGUUUUCCCAACAGACCGUGCCGACAAAGUCAAAAUCGAAGUCUGGCAUAUUUCUCCCGAAGGCAUCAAAGAGCAGUGGAGCCAAAUAGUCAUCUUGGACGAGGUAGAGGAUGAAGGAACGAAAUUUGAAAUCUUCUCGCGAAUGGCCUUUCUUGAUAGCUACAACUGGGCAGGGAUAGAUUGCAAUCCGGACCUUUUUCGGACUCUUAUCUAUCACAUUCGCCUCGAUGAAAGAAAGGUUGAAAGUUACAGAUUCGGCCAUGGUUGGACCGACAUUCAAGCCUUUGGUUACUAUAAAGAUACGAUGUAUUGCUACAUUGGAAAAGAUGAUGCCGACGAUUUGCCGCACGCUGAAAGACACAGCUUCCUUGCCAGAAUAAAAGACGGAGAACCAGAAAUGCUCUGCUGGGUGGACAACUGCAAAGAUACCAGUGAUCAUCCUGAUGAAGGACUUCACAUAGAAUUCUGGCACGAUGGCUAUGUUCAGCUUUGCUACAAGUGGGAUACAGGGCCAAAUUGUGGCAGACUCCUUACUAUUGCUGAUAUUGAAAAGGAAGUUGAGCGAACAACAGAGACGCACACAGCUAAUGGAAUGACAACGGAGCAAACUGCACCGAUUAUCAAAUUAAGGCGUCUUUACGAUGAGGGAACAAUGGACCUAGAUUUCCUUACUGAAAGCUUUCGAUAUGGAAACAUGGACAAACACCACCGCGUUAAUUUCUUUUUAUAA